UCUAAAUCAUGGUAAAACAAAACUUCAUUUUCAUCAUUUAUCUCAUACUCCCAAAUUAUUUUAUGGCUACAAAAAAAAAAAAAAAAAAAAACGAAGAAGAAGAAGAAGAAGAAGUGGAUGGAUGGAUUAUAGAGUUGUUGAAGGAGAGGUUUAGGUUCUAUUAUCCCUUCGAGCUACCGGAAAUGGUUCCAUGGGCCGGACUCUCUUGCUGUUUGAGUGCAGCUGCUCUUUACCUUCUCGGUAGGAGCAGUGGAAGAGAUGCUGAAGUUCUUAAAUCCGUUACAAGGGUUAAUCAAUUGAAGGAUCUUGCACAACUACUAGAUACUGCAUCCAAGGUGUUGCCUCUGGUGGUUACUAUAUCUGGAAGGGUUGGAUCAGAUACACCAAUUAACUGUGAGUACAGUGGUCUACGAGGCGUGAUUGUGGAAGAAACUGCCGAACAACAUUUUCUGAAACACAAUGAUGCAGGUUCUUGGAUACAGGAUUCUGCCUUGAUGCUCUCAAUGUGUAAAGAAGUUCCGUGGUACCUGGAUGAUGGCACAGGUCGCACUUUUAUUGUUGGUGGCCGUGGUGCCACGGGUUUGGUACUGACAGUUGGAAGUGAAGCCUUCGAGGAAGCAGGGAGAUCAUUUGUGCGAGGGACAUUGGAUUAUCUUCAAGGUCUUAAGAUGCUUGGAGUAAAGAGGAUUGAACGUGUGCUGCCAGUUGGUACUCCUUUGACUGUUGUUGGCGAGGCUGUCAAAGAUGACAUUGGGACAGUUCGGAUCCAGCGACCACACAAAGGCCCAUUUUAUAUCUCUCAUAAAACUAUUGACCAGCUCAUUGCAAAUCUUGGGAGAUGGGCAAGGUUGAUAUGCUGUACUUUCGAACUGUGGUACAAGUAUGCUUCAAUGGGUUUUACUGCUGUCGGUGUAUAUCUACUUGUGAAGCAUACUUUUCAUUAUAUGAUGGAAAGAAAGCGUCACUGGGAAUUGCGCAGGAGAGUUCUUGCUGCUGCUGCUAAAAGAGCAGGAGAUGAGGAUGAAGGUUCUGAUGCUACAGCUGAGAAUGGAGUGGAUAAUAAGGACCUCUUAAUGCCAGAUCUAUGUGUUAUAUGUCUGGAGCAGGAAUACAACUCAGUUUUUGUCCCGUGUGGUCAUAUGUGCUGUUGCAUGACGUGCUCUUCACACUUGACAAACUGCCCACUAUGUAGGAGACGGAUCGAGCAGGUUGUGAAAACUUUUCGCCAUUGAGCAGAAAGCUGCCUUGUUGAAAUGGCCAUUUUCUGACUCGCUCAUAAAAAUCAUUCGGAUAUUAACUUGUAGAUUGUAUUGAAAGCUGGAUUUUGUCAGAGUUUUAUGUCAUUAUGAUGUAUGUAUAAUAGCCUCUCUCCAUCUCAACGGUUAAACUAGCACUUCCACUUCUCGUUUUUGGCAAAAUUUUAUUUCCAAACAGAUCAA